AUGCCCGCGGUGGCCGCUGCAGAGAGGUAUCAGAUGCCGGUGAUAUCAAUGAGUCAAGAACUACCAAAAGAUAGACUACCAGACGAUGAGAGUCAGAAUGAAAGCGAAGAAUCACAGGAGAUCGAAACAAAUCGGAAUGGAAUCCUGAUCGCUUCACUCGUCAUGUUCAUUGCUGCGAUUGAGAAUACAGUAGUUGGAAUGAGCGAAUGGCCGUACAUGAAUGAAAUCGACAAAGAAGCCGAUGCUCAAUUCUUCGGAGCCGCCACAGCUGCCUCAAAAAUGUUCCAUGCGCUAGCAGCUCUCGUUUUCGCCGUCUGGUGUCAUCGAUAUCAAUCGUUCCGUAAACCUCUUGUCGCCGGAAGAAUCAUUGCUUUCGGAGCAUGUAUGCUUUAUCUUUGUGUCGAAAUGUUUGAUAAUGGAAGGAGAUAUGUUAUGGCUUUGUGUUAUAUCCUGUUUGGAAUUGCUGCUAGUAGUUCAACGAUUCUUCGCGCCUAUGUGGCUGCUAUUUCUUCACAUGCCGAUCGUCCAAAAGCCUAUUCUGGACUCAAUGCGGCUACUAUGAUUUCGAUUAUUGUUGGACCAAUAAUCCAAGCUCUCUUCUUCUGGAUCCCAUAUCCUGGAUAUCAAAUCAUCGGAAGCAUCAAAUUCCACAUUUAUUCUGCACCAAUAUGGGUCGCCGCUCUCACCAACUUCGUCUCCGUCGCCAUCAUUUGUUGCAUUUUCAAAGAGCUGCCUCGUCGCGCCAAGUCGCAAUUGAAAAAAGAUACAUCUGUCAUGUCAUUGUCUGGAAUCAAAGCUCGUUUUGAAAAAGUGGGUCAGAUGAACCUCAACUGGCCGACCAUCGUGUUGUGCUGGAUUCAAAAGAUGAAUUCGACGCUCUCAAUUGUCACUAUUACUACGCUGACAUCCGUAAUUUUAAUGAAUAAUUACGGAUGGAGUGGAUCCCAUACAGUAGUCGCCAUGUCAGUAACAAUGAUAAUUGUUGGAAUUUUGGCAGUCCUCAUAACUUGUCUGUACUUCUUCUGCAAUCUCGGAAAAUAUCUCCAACAACGUUUCGCCUUCCUUAUCGGACUUGUCAUUUUCUUAUCAAUGUACUUCUUCUCAUUCCCAUGGGAACCAGUCAGCAAUCCAUUGCCUUCUUACAAUUCCACAGCUGAUUUGGGAUGUAAUCCAACGAUCUACCCUUGGUGUGAAACGGCAUCUGCUCCAGCUGCUCCACUUCUUCUUAUUGUGAUUGGUCUUGUAAUGGGAGUUGGAAUUCCAUUGUCGUUCGUUGCGCUGGAUUCCAUUUAUUCGAAAGUAUUGGGACCAAUCAACCAAAGUGUUAUGCAGGGAGCCAUGAUUGUUGCUGAGGAUAUUAUUCUUAUCGCUGGACCCAUUUACACAUCAAGUCUAUACACCCAUUUUGGCCUUGGAACCCUUUGGACUGUGAAUGGAAUCAUUGUGGUGAUUGGAACGAUUGUUUGGAUUUUGAAUAUGAAGAGACUCAAACAGUAUUCAUAA